GCCAAUGGAAGUCGAGACGACCGUGCCCAUGUAUACGGAUCCGUACACCGGUGCCACGCCAACGACAGCGACCCGAGGCUUGGAGGAACCUCCUUCUGUGGAUGUUGCCAAGACUACGGCAGCCCCAAGCCCUGGGCAGGUGCCCAAACACCCAGGGCAGAGAUCUUUGGAGUCUGCCAGAGUGCCUACAGCGGUUGCGCCCCCGCGUCCGGGCAUCAAAGACGCCACCAAAGAUGCUACCAAGGCAAAGGCUGUGCAACAGAAGGCCAUCACCGAGAGAUUGGAAAGCAAGAGACAGGGCCUCAGGGCAGCUACUCCUUUCGGCCUGGGACAGAUGCCUGGAGACCCAGGCUCAGGUACCGGACAUGUGGAACAUCCGCCCGGCUCAACGAGGGUGGACUUGGCGAACUUAGCUAUCGAAGCGGACGACGACGAGGUUGAGCACAUCCUUUUGGCUGAAAACGAAGUUGACCCCACUCAGCUCGUGCAGUUCUUGGGCCUCAAUGCCCCGCCUUGCUUCCGAGUUUCUUUCUGGCCACGGCCCAGAGAGAAUGGCCGACUCAGGCUCCAUGAGGGUGAUGUGGUUACUUUUGGGUAUGUUGAAAUAGCUUAUGAGGAAGAAGACGAAGAUAGCAGCUCUUCCGACUCUUCUGGAGCUUCCGAUCCUGAUGGCGACGAGGAUGAUGUCGGGGAUCGCAACAUACCAUCCAGUGCCAGUGACGUCAACCGUCCGGCCGGACCACCGCCGCCAACGCCCAUACGUCAGGCAAGACGCUCUGCAUCGAGGAGCCUGAAGCCGCCGGAGCUUUAUGCUCUGAACGGCUGGCAGCUUUGCGUGAGGUGUCCCUUCAGCUCGGAUGUACAACUUGACCUGCCAGCCACGCUUCAGGAGUUGGAAAAUGUGCUGCAUGAUGGGCGCAAUCCACAGACCGUUGCGCGCUUCCCCCACCUCAGUCCUGUCGAGCCGCAGGCUGUACGGGGUCAAGCGCUCUUCGUAGCGCUGCCAGAUUGGGGACCUUUCCUUGUCGUGGCAUUCUUCAAUACCGCUGCGAUCGACUCACGUGUCUUCGCCGCUUACCUUCCACCCUAUGCCUCUGCUGACUUCCUUCUGCGUGCAGCUGAAAUUUCUUUUGCGGCAGGCUUCUCUGUCUUUGUCGGAGAUGAUCCUGAGCCACUCCCUGACGGUGUUGAAGCACACCUUUUCCCAGGAGUGCUGAUUCUUAUUCUGCACGAAGGAGGUGAUCCAGGCCAACAGCCCAAAUUGCCCACCCUUCUUGGUAGUCCCUUGCAUUGGACUCGGGUUGAGCCCCUCCCUCAUCCCGACAUCGUGUGGGCAUAUUGCCUUGCCCAAGAGCACACUCAAUGCUUGCAUGUCACAGAUUUUGACAGCCCCUUUCACUUUAGGCGACGCUUAGCAGAAGCAAUUGGUGCCAGUGAGGGCUCUUGCAGGCACUUCCCAGCCACGCCAGCGAUUGCUGACUGCUCCCUUACAGGAGUGCACUGUCGUAGUGUGCUUGCAGUUUUCAAGACACAUUGUGCCAGCCUCGCUGAUAAUUUGUGCGCUGUCUUGCUAGACAAAAGAGCAGUCGCUGAUGGCUUCCGGAUGGCAUUCUUUGCAACCAGCAGUCGAGCAUAUGAGGUGCUCAGAGGUCGUUUGCAGGCUGAGGCUCCCCUGGGUUGGGAGGUAUUUUUAGCUCCCCUGGGAGAUCAUGUGAAUGGAGCUUCCCUACAGAAUGGUCAGGUCAUCACUGUGGAGUACCAUCGCUCCUUUGGCACUGCAGACACUGUCACACCUGCUGCUAGCACAACAACUCAGUCUGCUGAUACUGCUGCCCCCAGCAAUUCUGCCAUUCCAGAUAACUCGGUUGGGGACCCGCCUGACAGACAUUUGGCUGAUUCUGGGGGUCGGCCCGAUAAUGCGGAGCCACAUAGUCAAGCCGGCCAAGAGACAGCUACAGACAAUGCAGAUCUGAUCUUUUUGCUCCUGGCUCCUGACUACAAACCAGAGAGCGGUGUGAUCACCCUUGCCUUUCCAUCCUCGGUCCCGCUUGCUAUUGCAUCUGUCAAUGCCGCGAGGUCAGAGCAGAGAUGGGUGUGGUUUCCUGUUGUGAUCCCUGUAAUGCCGCAGCCAGAUCUCGAUUACAUAUACCUCCUGGCGAAACCAUCUUGGCCAGCCUUCGGGGUUUUCGUGGCCUUCGAUACCAGGGCCAUUGACGGUCGGCUGUUCUGUGUCAAUGUGCCAAUGCCGGCCACACGCCAAUCCCUGCUUGCAGCCGCGGGUCAGCACGGCAGGCCUUUCCUGCAGGUUUUUGUCAGGGACAUGCCCUGGCCUUUACCUGAAGAACAGGGUGUCGACCUGCAAGAAGGAGACCUGAUCAGCUUCUGUUUUCCCGACAAUCGUGUGGCAAUCUUGUCCUCGCCCUCAGACCGGCUGCUUGACAGUGGUGGCUGGGUCAUUGACAUACCCGGCCCGGUACGGAGUGAGGAUAGUCUGUGGGUGCUCGGAGAUGAAUUUAAUGGCUUCUUCAGAGGCGACCAGUUCAGGUAUCGCCAUUUGAGGUCUGACAUUGCAGCCCUUCUAGGGCUAGCAGCUCCUACCUUGAGCAUUGACGCUGUUUACUUUCUGGAUCAACGACCAAUUCUGAUUGGCGUUGCUUGGGGGAUCGCCCCUGGGGGCAUCCUUGACGUGGCUGCAAUUCGAGACAGAUGGAGAAGCCUUGACAUUGCUUUUGUGUCCCUGGUCUUUCCAACGCCAGACCUCCCUCCUGACACCGCUUUGUGCACUGCAGCUUGGGAUCAGGAGAAGGAAGAUGUCCAUGUGUUUCAGAGUCAGGGAUGCAGUCGAGUUGAAAUGUGGUUCUGCCCUUUCUUGCGUCACGCCUUUCUUGAAGGCAAGGUAUCCUUCGACUUGCUCUGCGCGCUGCACUCAGGCAACAUCGCAUCCUAUUUCUUGCGGUCCUCUUUGCUAUCAGCAUGCAAAGAGCUGUGGCAGCUCCCGUUGACCCAUGGCACAGCGCUGACCAGGAGCAUCUGCCUAGUCCCUACCCUUACCGGUGACCCUGAACAGGACCUUGGCCGUGUCCAAGCGGCCGGCCUGAGUGCCUUGAGUACACUGCUCGAGGAAUGUGUGCAACAACCUGAUUCCCAAGCCUUUUUCCUUGCGGCCACGCUUCUUGAGACACUCUUGGAGCACUUUGCAUCUGUUGAUCAGCCAGAUGUUGCACACGAUUUUGAAAGCAUCAGUUUUGACAUCCCCCAGGAUGGAGCCAGGCAGGCCACGCGCAAGACCAACCUGUCACUCUCAAGCUGCAUACCGUGUGAUGCGCUGCCUACACCACAGUAUACGGGUGGCAUACCGUGCACUCGUCUGCCCUAUCUGACGGCUCUUAACCUUUUCCCAGCCCAACAAUCGGCAAAUUUUGGACCCACUGAUUUGGGGUUCACGUGGCGGGAGCUUUGCAAUUUCCUUUCCCUGACACCGCAUUUUGAUACUUGGGAGGAGGUUUUUGGCGAAGCAGUGUAUAUUGCGAAAGCAGCCCCUCCCCUUCUCAGGGAUGCCUUGAGUCAACUUGCUGGUGAUACACCGAGGGGACGCCUUUGUUGCUUCACCGAUGGAUCCUUCUUUUCAUCACGAGACGGAGCAGAAUGCUGCGCCCUUGCGAUUGCUGCAGUUACAGCUGUACUUGCCUUUUCGGAGAGAGAGAUUCACUUCUUCUCCGACUGUGUUGCCGCACUUGGCGCUGCCCAGGGCACUUGUGGUUUUGCAGUCGGCGGUAUCCCGGAAGCCAUGGCAGCAGCUUUUGAUCUCCGUCAUAGGGGAUGUGGCCGCGCAGAUUUCUUUUCGUAUGUACCUGGGCACCAGGGAGCUUUCUUCAAUGAAGCGGUUGAUAUGCUUGCCAAAAGCAGCGCCAAACCAGAGACGGCCAUCACUUCGACCCAGCCAUCUAUGGUUGUUUUACGUGAUUGGCUCGGCCAGGGCGGUGCUCGGCUCGGCUGGGCCACCCUUAUCCUUCGACAGUUGCAAGGGGUGUUUGGAGUGACCCGGAGGUACAACAAUCACCGCUGUCUCGAGGACGACCAGGGUACAGUGGAAGACUUGGCGGGCCUUCGCAGCAGAAACCAGAUGCCCAGCGGGCACCACACAGGUAUAGGACAGGGCUUUCAGAUCGACCGCACCAAUGCCACUGUAGUAUAUUCGGAUCCCAGACGAAUGUACUUACGGAUUACUUGCCCGCAGAUGUCCUUCCUAGUCUGCGCCAUGCACGCCCCACAGCGCGCAAUUGAGGCCCACCUGAUCAACAGCUGGUGGGAUGAAACCCGCACGCUGGUUAAUCAUCACCGUCGGCAAUCACUUGUCAUCCUGGCUGGAGACGUCAACAGUUCGGUGGGUUCUGUGACCUCCGCUGGUGUUGGAGACUACGGUGCCGAAAUCGAGGAUGAUCCCGGCACUCGGUGGAGAUCCUUGAUUGAUGAGGUAGGCUGCUUUGCACCAUGCACUUUUGCCGCCUUCCAAUGGGGUCCCACAGCAACCUACCAGCACAAGCGUGGUGGAGGCACUUCACGUCCGGAUAUGAUCGCGAUUCCUGCCACUUGGGCUAGCGGAAUCUUACAAGCUUGGGUUGCCCCUGAGGUACAUGUGGCUUUAGCCACCCCGGAUCACCUUGCCACAUGUGGCAGUGCGAAGGUCCAUUUCAUGCCGGCAGGGAAGAGUAAGUCGACGAGGAAAAGACACUUCCCAGCGCAACUCUUUACCGACCCGGGCAAUCGUGAACAUAUUCUGCAGGCCUUCCUUUCCAUACCAUCAGUGCCAUGGGGAGUCUCUGCCCAUGCCCAUGCUGCGAUUGUGGUUUCACAUCUGCAAACCGCUUUUGGGGCCAUCAAGACACGUAGCCCAGCUAGGCCCAGGCACCCCUACAUUUCGGAAGACACCUGGGGUCUACAGCGACAGGCAUCCAAACUUCGACGUAGGCUGCAGAAUCUUCGGGGGUACAAGCGAGGACAGCUGUAUGCCUUUUGUUUUGAUGUGUGGCGACAUUUCUCCGGCCGUGGCAAUUCUUUCGGGCCGCAAUGGGCACAAGCCUGGGAUCAAUGGUUCUUUCCUCUGGCUCUGCAUGAGAUUGUUGCACUUGUGCGUGUUCGUACAUAUUGCCGCGAUCUCCGGCAAGCGUGCAGACAAGACCGCGAUGCUUACAUCUGUAGGCUGACCGAAGAGGUUGCAACCCGGCCCAGUUCGGAAGUCCAUAAUGCCAUCCAUAGGCUAUUGUGUCAUAGACGCAAAAAGCCCUACAGCUUGGAGCCCUUACCCACCAUCGUCGAUGCCAAAGGUCAGGUGUGUGCAGAUGCCGAGGCUGUACAGCGAAGAUGGAGGCAACAUUUUGCCUCCAUAGAAGGAGGCCGUGCGGUUGACCCAGCAGCUCUAGUGGAGCACACACUUGCGGCAGAGCAGGCCUUUGGGCCAUGGCCAUCCCCCUCUACAGCCAUUGGCCUGCCAAAUUUUUGUGAUCUACGGCGCAUGGUCCGCACAGCUAAAGCUGGUAAGGCACCCGGUAUGGAUGGGCUUCCGAGCGAACUUUUGCGAGGUUUUUCGCAGCAGACCGCGGAAGCCCUUAUGCCCUUGCUCUUGAAGCUCAUCUUCCGAGGCGCCGAGGCCGUGGGCUUCAAGGGAGCCGAAGCCGUCCGAUUUUACAAGGGCAAAGGGUCGACCCAGCUCUGCGAAAAUUUUCGGUCGAUUCUUUUGAUACCGAACUUCGCGAAGGCCCUGCACCAAACACUACGGCCACAGAUAAGAGAUCUUUACGUUCAAGCUGCACCGGAUCUUCAGCUUGGAGGUAAACCGCAGAAGAGUGUGGUCUUCGGGUCCCAUAUCUGCCGGACUUUCCUCCGCUGGACGGCCAGUACUUCCACCCCCAGUUUUGUUCUGUUUGCAGACAUCUCUGCUGCCUUUUAUUCGGCGAUUCGCCCUCUUAUUGCCUCAUCGACGGCUGGCAAGAGCCGUGAAGAAGCAGCAGGCCACUUGCUAAAUGCUGAUCUGCCGGAUUCGGAUGUACAUGCCAUCCUCCAGCAUAUGCAGGAACCCACAGCCUUUACGGCGGCAGGGGCAACUCAGUGGCAAGAGAGUUUAGCAGACAAGCUGACCGAGUCCACGUGGUUUUUACUUCAGUCAGACUCUGUACCGGUUUUGACUUCACGUGGUACCAGGCCUGGUUCCACCUCUGCAGACCUGCUAUUCGCAAUGCUCGUCGGCCGAAUUCUAGCUCGCCGAGAUGAGCUUUUGAGUGGACUGGGCCGGGGCCCUCAAGUUCCGCUUGUGCCUUGGGACGGAGCAAUUUCUUUGGCACCUCCAGUUGAUACGGCUCCCAAUGUGCCCUUGGACGACCUCGUGUGGGCAGACGACAUUUCUUGCAUGCGGGUGAGUCCCGGCAAUGCUACUCUGGCGUCUAAUGUAGCAUGCACCGCUGGUGGUCUAAGUGAUGCCUUUGCUGAAUUUGGUUUUCGUUUGUCAUAUGGGCCGGCCAAGACAGCUGCAUUAGUACAGGCGGUAGGCAACGGCUCCAGGAAAGCGCGGCAGCUCCUGUUUUCCAACCGUGGCUUGAAAGGUCAGGCGGCAUGCUGGAGGAACUACGUUUUCGAGCAGCCCAGGCUGCUCUACCUCAGCCAACUCUGCAGAGCGGCGCCGCCCGCCAUUUGGGCGCUGCUGAAGGUCGAUCGCCCUUAUGCCGACUGCCUUCAGCAUGCACUGGGCUGGUUGUACGGGUGGGUACAUGCAACUACCCCCUUGCCCGACCCCAAUGCCAAAUGGCCCGAGUGGCUCCACUGCAUCACCACCACGCCCAACAGGUUUAAAGGUCUUGUGCUGCGUGCCCAGGGUCUUGAUGGGUGUAGAAAUGUGGUCAUUGCUGCCUAUGCGGGGUUGUACAGGGCUUUGCGGGCCCUUUCACCCUUGCCCAUCCGAGAGCCUCCAGAGGACAACGCGUUUGGCAUGCGGCACGCGUUCAUGGUUAUCGCUCCCAUGCGCAUCUGGUUGCUAGUUCCCCAUUCUGUGAGGGUUGUGGUCGUACUUACGGAAGUGUGGGCCGACUCCGCAGACACCUGGUCCACAGCCCCACCGGUGCUGGUUCCUGACGCCCAACCUGGUGCCCCUUACCUCGACUAUGUUCCGGGGAUCUCACAGCCUUUGCUCGCUGACCUGCGUGCAGCUCCCACUUAUGAUGAGGAGCUCCUAUGGGAAGUUGUCAUUGCUGUGAUCGAGCCCGUCCAGGUCUUGAGGGACACAGUUCAGCUGUGGAAGGACACCACGUCUGACAGCAACGAGGUCCAAGAUGCGGCGGAUAAUAUUCUGUUGCUACUUGACCCUGAUCUCCUGGCUGAUUCGGUACAGCCUCAACCGAAGCCUAAGGAGUUUCCUGCCGAUGCUGUGCCAUUUUGGCCAGAUCUCGAGCCCUUCACCGUCCCUGCAGCUGGCGAGAUUCUCCUAGCCGAUCUGGCUAGCCCGCCGCCUACGGUCCUCAGCCCUUUUGGGUAUACCAGUAUCAGCUUAAAGGCGGCUCGAGCCUAUGCUGAUUGGACAGAACAGGCUUGCCAUGCUGUGAUGCGCACUCUGACUGACGCUUGUGGGC